AUGUCUGAACCUUACCAAAACGACCAACACGGCCCUGAUCCUGCUGUUAUUCCAGAAAAUUCGACCCCCUACGUCUCAGACGACAUCGUCCAACUAAGGAGGGAAGAUUUUGACAACAUUAUUGCUCAAAUCCCUACUACUACUUCUACCCAUUCCGUCUCUCAGCCUCUAAUGGCUCAAUCGACCCCUUUGCUCUUCCAAGCCAGUACCCGUUUCAAGGAAUGCAGCAGCCAGGAUUCCAAGGAUCCUUCCAGAAUUCAUUUGUGCCGCAGCAAGGACGUAGCCCAAAGCAAAUGUGUUUUAAUUGCGGAGGAUUCGGCCAUUAUCGAAGUCAAUGUACAAUCCCGACGAAGGGAAAAUCAGGAAAUUGAUCGCCUUCUUUUAUCUCGGUCUAUUGUUCAAGUACCAAAAUCUGAAUGGGGCAGCACGAGAAUCAACCCGAUUUCCGUCGCUGAAGGUAAGAAAUUGCGAUUGAUAUUAGAUCUUUCGUCAUUCAAUAAGUCCCUCAAGAAAGUAAGGGUUAAGUACGAGGAUGUGGCUAGAGUCCUCCCCCUGCUGCCCGAGCGGGGUUUUAUGGCAUCUUUUGAUUUGCAGGCGGGUUACCACCACGUCAAAAUCAAUGAUAAUUUUACUCACUUUUUGGGAUUUCGAUGGAAAAACAAAAUAUACAAAUUUCUUGUUCUUCCUUUUGGUCUUUCUCCAGCACCAUACAUAUUUACUAAAUUAAUGCGUCCACUUUUGAAAAAGUGGCGAGCCACCGGGCUCUUUGUCGCCAUCUACCUGGACGAUGGUUUGAUUUGGGCUAAAUCAGCACACGAGUGCGAGUUAGCGGUAGCCAAAAUUAGGGAUGACUUGAGUAGAGCCGGCUUUUUCGUAGCUGAAGACAAAUGUUCCUGGAGACCGCUCCAGAAGAUGACCUGGCUCGGUCAUGUUAUUGAUUUGGAGGGUUAUACACUGGAUAUAACGCCUGCUAGAAAAGAGAAAGCGUCGGCUCUAGCCACCAGACUGCUAAACCUUAGAGGGGUUUCUCUACAUGAGAGGCUGAAAUGGCAAGGAACGAUUGCUUCUAUGCAUUUGGUUAUUCCUCCAGGUCACAAAAAGAGAUGGAAGGCGGUAGUGGCGGCAAUCGCGGAGAAACAGAGCAAAUCGACGUCACUUUCAUAUAGAUGGGCUCUAAGUUCAAAAGAAUCAGCUAAAUUAAAAGGUGGAGUACCGAACAAGCCGUUUGUGUUGACGCCUUCUCUCCUGAGGCCCGGAGUUUGUGGAGUUCCAGUUUCUUAUGAUUUUCUCCUCGAUCAUAGACGGAGAAAUGCCUCAGUUACGGCACUUGUGGCAUCCCAGCGGGGCCUAGACUCAGUCGCAGCUAUAAUCGACUCAUGCAUCGACAAUUCAGUAGCGCCGGGAACGCUUAAUAUCUACAAAAGAGUCAAGAAGAACUUUUUGAACUUCAUUUCAAAUUUCAAUGUUCCGCUCGCGGCUCUGUCAAAGCUCCGUAACGUGUUCGUCGCUCAUCUUAUCGACAAAGGAAAGUCGCGAAGCCUAGGAUAUCAUAUCGCAGCGCUAAGCCAAUUUUUUGGACCAAUGGCAGGCGAUGAUCUCGAGGUGCAGAAAGCACUUGUGCGUAUGGCAGCCAGGAGGGGUCCACCGACCCGUUACCGGACCAAAGCAACGCUCGAGGACGUCACUCACAUGAUUGAAUGGGCGCUGAAAACUCAGUCAAAAACGGCACUUAGAGCAGCAACGAUGAUUCUGUUAGCAUUUUCGGCAUUUUUGAGACUCGGAGAAAUCUGCUCUCUACGCUUUUCCGAUUUAUCUUAUCAAGGAGAUGCGCUUUGGUGGCUGCUCAUUAGAAAGUCAAAAACAGACCAAAAAGGCGAAGGUUCCACAGUCGCCUUCCACUGGGAUAGCAUCGCGCAAGAUUUGUGGGAUCACUAUUGUGAUGCUUACCCGCCUACAUCACCAUCCAAUCAUAUUUUCAGUUGCAGAGGAGGAUCAGCAAUGUCUAAGGAUUACGCAGCCCGUCAGAUUCGAAAAGCCCUCGGAGAAGCGGGUCUCGGAGCAAAGAAGCUCACGGCACAUUCCUUUCGAGGCGGAGCGGCCACCAAUGCGCUCAACAAAGGCUCGGAUUCUCACAAAAUUAUGCUGGCAGGAAGGUGGAAGACGUUUACGUCGUUCAAGGCAUACAUCGAUCCAGUGGCGGUAUAG